AUGGCUAUCACAAUCGAGGUGUGCGUCGAUUCCCUGGACUCAGCACUCGACGCGGGACCGUACCUCCGCCGUGAUGACCGUUUAGAGGUGUGCUCUAACCUGAUUAAAGGCGGCGGGCUAACCCCUUCCUUUGGGCUCGUCCGCGCACUCCUCCAUCACAUGCCCCACACACCUCUCAUGAUCAUGAUCCGUCCCCGCACAGGAUCGUUUCACUACACUCCCUCCGAAGUCGAGGUCAUGCUGGAAGACAUUUACGCAUUCAAAGCCGUCAGCAUCGCAGGAUUUGUGUUUGGUUGUCUCCUCGAAGAUGGGACAGUAGAUGUGUCGACGACUAGGCGACUCGUCGAAGCCGCCUCUCCCCUGCCAGUUACCUUUCAUCGCGCCUUCGACGUCACGCCUAACUGGAAAGACGCACUCGACGCGAUUGCUAGCAUGAGCGGCAUCACUCGCAUUCUCACCAGAAACCGUGAUAACAGCAGCGGCCACAUGGCUACGGCUUUGGACGGAGUCGAUGAACUCGCCCAACUCCAGAUGGCCAUUCCCAAGCAUCUCAUCAUCGUCGCCGCUUCCGGCGUCAACUCGAUCAGCAUCGAGGAGAUCUCCCAAUUCUGCCCCCUGCGUGAGGCUCACUUGUCAUCUGGAGAGGUUCACACUCCGCAGCAUCCAGCCGGCGAUAGGGGCAAAGAUCUCGGUUUCGGACACAGCGAGUGGCGCCUCAAUCCUAGCAAGCUCAGGAAGUUCCGGAUCUGGGUGGACAAGUACAGCGUUUAG